GGCUUCAAAUCUCUCAUGGCAUGCUUAGACAUGUAUAACUCCGACCAUCACAAGUCUCUCCACCGGCGAGCCCCGGCGAGCCCUCGAAUCUCCUUCUCAAGCGACUUUGUCGACAUCCAGCAAUCCCUCAAACACCAAGAGCGGUCUGCGGCCGCCCCGGCCCCCGUCUCGUCGUCCUCCGACUUUGAAUUCUCCGUCUCGAACUACUCCAUGAUGUCUGCGGAUGAGCUGUUCUUUGAGGGUCGGCUUCUCCCCUUCAAGGACUCCCACAGGACGGCUACUACUCUUAGAGAAGAGCUUCUUGUGGAGGAAGAGGAAGAAGACGAUGACGUGUCGAACCAGCGCCCUUCGACAGGGCGCUGGAAGGGGUUUCUUGGGUUGAAAAAGUCCCAUAAUGCCUCCAAGAAAGGUGGCAGAAACGAUGGGUCGAGUGGGAGCCGCAAUGGUGAGGAUGGGAAACGAGCAUUUGGUUGGUCUCCUUCAUCUGGCACAAGAGCUAACUCGUCCGAGGUACAAAAUGAAGAAGGAUCAAAUUGAAAAGAUGAGAGAAGGAAUGUGGAGAGCUUCUUGUUCAAGCGGGCUUUUUUUUUUUUUU